CUUGUCAAACAAUACAAGCCGCCGCACAGCCACAUAAGCCCUCACCUCACCUUGACUGAGUUCACUCACAGUUUGACAAAACCAUUCUCUUCUCUCACUCGCCGUCGCCCGCAUCCUCGCCGGUGUGUAGUGUACAGUACACCUUAUUUAAUCUGCUCAGUAUAAUCAUGUUGUGUUGUUUAGUGUAAUCGUCUUGUGUUUGAAUUUGUUUCGAGUCUGUUAAGUAUGGUGUAAAAAUUCUGCUAAGCUUCAAGUUUUCAAAAUGCUAUCCACUAUGCAACCUCCUCGCUCUCUCUCUUGCUUCCCCUCCAACCCAAUCUUCCUCCUCCGCCGCCACCGCCACUCCUCCUUUAACUUCAAAUCGCUCUCUUCCUUAUCCUCACAACCCCUCACCCACUCCACCUCCACCUCCGCCCCCACCGACACCCACUCCUCCCAAAUCCUCUCCCUUCGCCACUCCCUCCUAUCCCGACAGCUCACUGCCACUCAACUCGUCAACUCCUUCCUCACCCGCCUCCGUCUCACUGAGCCCUCUAUCAAGUCCUUCCUCCACGUCUCCGACUCCCUCCUGCGCCAGGCCCAGGAGCUCGAUGACAAAAUCAAUAGGAAUGAGGAACUGGGUCCCUUGGCUGGGGUCCUCGUCGGCCUCAAGGACAACAUUUGUACCGCCGACAUGCCUUCCACUGGUGGCUCUCGCGUUCUGGAGGGCUAUCGCCCACCGUUUGAUGCCACCGCGGUGAGGAAGAUCAAGGAGCAGGGUGGAAUCAUUGUGGGCAAGACUAAUUUGGAUGAGUUUGGCAUGGGUAGCACUACUGAAUCCUCUGCUUUUCAGGUGACUGCAAACCCGUGGGAUGUUUCUAGGGUUCCUGGAGGAUCGUCAGGAGGCUCUGCGGCUGCUGUUUCUGCUAGGCAGUGUAUGGUGUCCCUGGGAAGUGAUACUGGUGGAAGUGUAAGACAGCCAGCAUCAUUCUGUGGCGUUGUUGGGUUGAAGCCCACGUAUGGACGUGUUUCAAGGUUUGGACUAAUGGCAUAUGCAUCCUCACUUGAUGUCAUUGGCUGCUUUGGUUCAUCUGUUGCAGAUGCUGGGAUUCUUCUUCAAUCAAUUUCUGGUCAUGAUAGACUUGAUGCUACUAGUAGUAAACAAGAGGUUCCCGACUUCACUUCUCAUAUUACUUCAAUUAAUUUUUCGGAAUCUAAGCCUUUGAAGGGGCUGAGAGUUGGCCUUAUCCGUGAAACUAUUGAUGAUGGUGUUGAUAAUGGAGUAACUACUGUGAUCCGUGGUGCUGCUUCACAUCUUGAAGAAUUAGGAUGCUCUGUGUCAGAGGUUUCAUUACCGUCUUUCUCCCUCGGGUUGCCAUCCUACUAUAUUCUUGCUUCCUCCGAAUCAUCUUCUAACCUAUCACGUUAUGAUGGGGUCAGGUAUGGAAAUCAAGCUGCUGCGGAAGAGUUAUACUCUCUAUAUGGGGAUUCCCGAGCCAAGGGAUUUGGUAAUGAGGUCAAAAUGAGGAUAUUAAUGGGAACAUAUGCACUUUCUGCUGGUUAUUAUGAUGCAUAUUACAAGCGUGCCCAGCAGGUGAGAACCAUUAUACGGAAAAGCUUCAAGACUGCUCUCGAUGAACAUGACAUCUUAAUUUCACCUGCUUCCCCAUCUGCUGCUUAUAAGAUUGGUGAAAAGAAAAACGACCCAUUAGCAAUGUAUGCAGGCGAUAUAAUGACGGUCAAUGUUAACUUGGCAGGUUUACCGGCAUUGGUUUUGCCUUGUGGAUUUGUGGAAGGGGGCUCAGCAGGCCUUCCUGUUGGUCUUCAAAUGAUUGGUGCUGCAUUUGAUGAGGGAAAAUUGCUGAAAGUGGGUCAUAUUUUCGAGCAGACCCUUAAAAAUUGCAGAUUUGUUCCUCCGCUAAUAGCAGAUGAUGUUGCAAGCUAAGUUAAACCACCAUUGAUCUUUUCUUUGUUCAAGUAGUCAGAAAGCACGGCCACUUUGUCAUUGCAUAGCUAGUUGAUAUCCAUGGGAAACUUUUCUAAAUUAAAAUUUGUAUAAUUUUUUAAUUUAAUCUUUUUUAAAAAUAAAUUUCAUUUUACAUCUUAAUCAACAAUUAUUUUGUCAUAAAUUUGAUUAAAUAAUGCUAACUUGUUGAUUACCUUGA